GUCCCCGAAAUCAGUCGGCACAUUUCCAAUGACUAUGGCAGGAGGAAGGGCAUUCGAGGGGAUGUUUACCUUUACCUUGAUUCUUCUCGUGGCCCUUGCGGGGCUCAAUGACGCAAGGGUGUCACCGAAAACCCCCAUCGGCCGCAAAUCCAUAUCGAAAAGUAACACGGAAUAUAACGAAGACGCACAUUUGACAGCUCGAGAGCUGAUCACUAAAUAUGGGUAUCGAGGGGAGACUCACCAUGUGGAGACAGGGGAUGGACACAUCUUGGAGCUUCACAGGGUAACUGGACCAAAAUCAAAUUCGCGACCGUUCGGUAAACCGGUGGCCUUCCUCAUGCAUGGCCUGCUGUCCAGUUCGGUUGAUUGGCUCAUCUCUGGGCCGGAAAAGGCAUUCGCUUAUAUACUGGCGGAUCAGGGCUACGAUGUUUGGUUGGGAAAUGCCCGGGGAAACAGCUACUCCAGGAAGCACAAAAAAUACUCAGUCCUGGACAAGAAGUUCUGGAUGUUCAGUUGGCACGAAAUCGGAGUUGAGGAUCUUCCGUCGAUGAUCGACUACGUCCGAGGGCACACCAAGAAAGACAAGAUAUUUUACGUAGGGCACAGCCAAGGGACGACUUCAUUCUUCGUCAUGUGCUCUGAGAAGCCGGAGUAUAACGACAAGAUUCACGCCAUGUUCGCUAUGGCGCCGGUCACCUACAUGAAGCACAUGAGCAGUCCUUUCUUCAAAGUCAUGAGCCAGUUCGAUAACCUGUUGGGUAGCGCCAUGGAAGCCCUCGGCUCCUACGAGUUCCAACCGACGGACGAGUUCCUCAAUCGCGUGAAAGCUAUCACUUGUGAUGCUGAGGCCUCGACGCAGCCGCUCUGCGAAAAUAUAAUGUUCCUCGUCGGGGGAUAUGGAACGGACCAGAUGAAUAAGACAUUGUUGCCAGCCAUUUUGGGUCACGUCCCUGCCGGCUCGUCUGUCCGGCAAAUGAUUCACUACGCACAACUCAUGAAAUCAGAUGGAUUUACGCGAUUCAAUCACGGAUGGUGGGAGAAUUUGAAGAGGUACCGGCAAUUCUCGCCGCCGAAGUACGAUCUUUCGAAAGUUACUGCACCAGUUAUUCUGCACUACUCCGUCAACGAUAUUUUCUCACACGUCAAGGAUGUCAAUCGACUCGAGGAGCAGUUGCCCAAUAUCCACUCAAAGCUGAGGGUACCCAACCCCAAAUUCGCGCACUUGGACUACAUGUGGGGGGUGGACGCCUAUCGACUUCUCUACAAUCAAACUGUACUCCUCAUGAACAGUCUCCAUUGAAGACGGAAAAACGAAAGCUCCCAGAACAGUUAUCAUCCCAUUCCCUUUGUAGUAUUGUCAUGUUUUCAUAGCUGGUGUUGUACAGUAUCCAUUAUGAAUUAUAUUGAAUAUACUGCAUGUAGAAUAAAUGAUUUUUAUACUUUUGA